CAAGUUUUUAUUGAUAAAGUAAAAAAUCUAGCUAAUCAAGGUCUUGCAGAACAUACUAGAAGUACAGGUUUUAUUGAAAAGGAAAUUUUACAUAUUAUGAAUCAUUCAAUUAUAACUGGAGAUACUCCAACUGGUUUAUUAUAUCAG